AUGGAAAUUCAUGAAAACAGCAAAUAUGCUCAUUUAGAUGUCAAGUCUUUGAAUUUUUUAAUUGACAAACAUCUGAAUGUUAGAAUUGCUGAUUUUUGUGACUCGAAAAUUGUGGACAUUCAACAACAAGAUCAUUUGACACCGUUUCAACCUCACGGAACCAUUUAUUGGAUGGCCCCAGAAGUUAUGAAACAAAGCAAGUUUUGUCAAAAAUCCGACGUGUUUUCGUUAUCCAUUGUGUUUUGUGAGAUUUUAACUCUUUCAAAACCAUAUCCUGGAAUGAACGUGUUAGAUGUGAAAGAAAAAAUUGAAAGACAUGCCUCGCCACCGUUCAGAAUGAAUCUUUUAGAAAUGUUGAAAUCAUCUCUCAUAGUUAUAGAUGAAAAUGUUAGAGAUUUUAUUCAAAUUAUUGAAGAUAUGUGGAAAGAAGAUGUUUCCGAGAGACUCUCAUCAAAACAAGUUGUCGGAAGAAUGAAGAUUUUACUUGAGAAGAUGUCCCUAAAUAGCGAGACACUCACCUAG